CCGGUUCCCAUCGCCUCCCUCCUGUCCUGUGCUCAACGGGCACCAACCGCGAGGGGCGACGCAGCCAGCGCCACCAAAUCAAAUCAAAUCAAGCAGAGCGCCAGAGCCACACACCCCACCUACCACACCACCUGGAGGCAGAGCGAUGGACCUCGCCCUCGUGGAGAAGGCCCUUCUGGGCCUGUUCGCGGCGGCGGUGCUGGCCAUCGCCGUGGCGAAGCUGACGGGGAAGCGGCUCCGGCUGCCCCCCGGCCCCGCCGGCGCCCCCGUGGUGGGCAACUGGCUGCAGGUCGGCGACGACCUGAACCACCGCAACCUGAUGGAGCUGGCGAAGCGGUUCGGCGACAUCUUCCUCCUCCGCAUGGGCGUGCGCAACCUGGUGGUGGUGUCCACGCCCGAGCUCGCCAAGGAGGUGCUGCACACGCAGGGCGUGGAGUUCGGCUCCCGCACCCGCAACGUCGUCUUCGACAUCUUCACCGGCAAGGGCCAGGACAUGGUGUUCACCGUCUACGGCGACCACUGGCGCAAGAUGCGGCGCAUCAUGACCGUCCCCUUCUUCACCAACAAGGUGGUGGCGCAGAACCGCGCCGGCUGGGAGGAGGAGGCCCGCCUCGUGGUGGAGGACGUGCGGAGGGACCCCAGGGCCGCCACCGAGGGCGUCGUCAUCCGCCGCCGCCUCCAGCUCAUGAUGUACAACGACAUGUUCCGCAUCAUGUUCGACCGCCGCUUCGAGAGCGAGCAGGACCCGCUCUUCAACAAGCUCAAGGCGCUCAACGCCGAGCGCAGCCGCCUCUCCCAGAGCUUCGAGUACAACUACGGCGACUUCAUCCCCGUCCUCCGCCCCUUCCUCCGCGGCUACCUCAACCGAUGCCACGACCUCAAGACCCGCCGCAUGAAGGUCUUCGAGGACAACUUCGUCCAGGAGCGCAAGAAUGUGAUGGCGCAGACUGGCGAGAUCCGGUGCGCCAUGGACCACAUCCUCGAGGCCGAGAGGAGGGGCGAGAUCAACCACGACAACGUCCUCUACAUCGUUGAGAACAUCAACGUCGCAGCGAUCGAGACUACCUUGUGGUCGAUCGAGUGGGGUAUCGCUGAGCUGGUGAACCACCCGGCGAUCCAGUCCAAGCUCCGCGAAGAGAUCACCUCCGUGCUGGGCGCCGGCGUGGCGGUGACGGAGCCGGACCUGGAUCGCCUGCCCUACCUGCAGGCCGUGGUCAAGGAGACCCUCCGCCUGCGCAUGGCCAUCCCGCUGCUGGUCCCGCACAUGAACCUCAACGACGGCAAGCUCCACGGCUACGACAUCCCCGCCGAGUCCAAGAUCCUCGUCAACGCGUGGUUCCUCGCCAACGACCCCAAGCGGUGGGUGAAGCCCGAGGAGUUCCGCCCCGACCGGUUCCUGGAGGAGGAGAAGGCCGUGGAGGCCCACGGCAACGACUUCCGGUUCGUGCCCUUCGGCGUCGGCCGCAGGAGCUGCCCCGGGAUCGUCCUCGCGCUGCCCAUCAUCGGCAUCACGCUGGGCAGGCUGGUGCAGAACUUCCAGCUGCUGCCGCCGCCGGGGCAGGACAAGGUCGACACCACCGAGAAGCCCGGGCAGUUCAGCAACCAGAUCGCCAACCACGCCACCAUCGUCUGCAAGCCGCUCGAGGCCUAAGAGUCCCGGAAAUGCGCGUUCCAGAGCAGAGGCCAUCGAUCGAGCACUACGUAUUUUGGUUCGUUUAUUUUUUUUCUUGUGUUUUUUGUACUAUAAGAGGAGACGCGUAUUCUUGUUCGUGUUGGGUGUCGACUGAUGGUGGGGGGGGGGGGGGGGGGGGUAUAUGGGGCUGUGGUACGCGUGGUGUUGUAGAUUCACUUGGUUAUGUUCUCGCAAACUUAUCCAUAAUUUAUAGUGCUGUAAACUUGAAUUCAGACCCA